AUGGCAAUAGCUGAUCUUGCUAUCCUUGAUGCUGAAUGGGCACUUAUUCGGGGGUCUUUUGUUACAGAAUCUAUUAAAGUGACGGAUUUAAAAGGACCUGUGUCUUUUUCUGCAAUCAAUAUUCUUAAUGGAAGUUACUACGACGUUCUUUCGAGCUCAACUGCCCGAUCGUUGUUUGCCAUUGACUUUCCUAAUAAAGUGGAUGUAUCCAUGCCAUUGCAGCAAGAUAUUAACAGCUGGUUUCGCACAAGACUAGCUACUGUUUUAUCCAAUGCAUCUACAGAAACAAAGUUUGAGAUUUUCUGUAUUGGCAUUGCUCUUUUAAACUCUUUUGUUCAAGGCGCAUGGACUGGCCCAUCGCUUGAAUUCAAGGCAGUUGAUUUGCUUCCUGCAGUGAUGAAAACAGUGGAUGAACAGACACUUCAUAAAAACUUGCUAAAACUGCUCAUGUCCGACUAUGAAGAGGCAUACACUCUUACAAUCGAUCCAUUGUUGCUUUUGUUGGCUAGAUGGAUUUUGAUUGAUUCUGCAACAGAAAUGCUCGAGUUCAAGACGUUUCGUUGGUGGUCGUGUCGGUGUGCGUUUAUCCAACAGCGCAUUAUUGAAAACCAUUCUGCCACUCUUCAAGGUGUUAUUAUCGACUCUCUUGAUGCAGUCAAGAUGUUUCUUCCCGAUGUUGAGCUUGAAAGGGAUAUUGUAGCACGUUUUUAUCUCGAGUAUGGCCUCGUGUACCACUAUUACACACAAGAUUCCAAAGCAUUAACUCAAUUUAAAGCUGCACAGGAGGCUAGCAUGUUAACAUGGGAAAUGACGGGUGUCCUCGGAAAACGAACCAAGUUCCAAACAUUCGAAACAUCCCAAUUGGUCGUAUUGGCUGAAUCUCGACAAUCCGCUACUCCGUCCGCCGAUCAUAUGUUUACACCCGUAGCUUUAGAUCAUAAUGAUGAUACAUUGCUUGAAAAAAUGCAAAUUACCGAUAAAAAUGUUGCAAAACAGCACAAUCUUAGCAUUGUGGAUCAAUGUAUUCUGCUAGCACUAUGUCUCAACGUUAAAAACACAAAUCCCAUUCACGGUCUGACCACCGAACAAAUGUUUCCGUAUGUUCGUCGUGUUUUGGAGCAUUCUAAUAACUGGAUGGUACAUACCAUGGGUCUUCUUUUGAGAUCUCGAUUGGAAAUUGAAAAAUCUCGAACUGCAGAGCGAUCUGUUUUGCAACUCCAAGCACUUGUCGAUCAAUUUUGUUUAAAGGAUUCCCCAGUAGCAGAACGCAUGCAGCACAUCUUUUCCAUUUUGAUACCACCAAAAUGGGAGCUUGAGCGCGAGCUUGGUGAGCGAUUUCAAGGAAUUGGUGCUAUUCGAUCUGCACUGGAAAUUUUUGAACGUUUGGAAAUGUGGGAGAAUGUGGUUUCUUGCCAUAUUAUGCUGGAGCAGGUUGAAAAAGCCAAGGUUAUUGUCUGUAAUUUGCUUGAGCAAACGCCCGACUCUCCAAAACUGAUUUGUCUUCUUGGCGACAUCAAUGGGGAUCCGCAGUAUUACAUGCAGGCAUGGGAGGUUUCUGGUCGUCGAUAUGCACGAGCAAUGCGAUCCCUGGGAGCUCAUUACUUUAAAAAGGAAAACAUGGAAAAGUGCGUAGAGUGCUAUCAACUGGCACUUGCUCUUAACCCUUUGUUUGAAAAUUCUUGGUUUGUUCUUGGUUGUGCUGCAAUGCAUCUUGAAAAAUAUGACAUUGCCGAGCAAUCAUUCAAUCGAGUGACAGUCAUUGAUCCAGAGGUAUUAUUUAUUGACAACUAUGUGGUGAUGCUGGCUAUGAACGGUGAAGCGUGGAACAAUCUUGCCUCUGUAUACAUCAAGAACAAGAAACUUCGCGAAGCAUUCAAUUGCCUAAAAGAAUCUUUGAAGCACAACUUUGAAGCAUCUAAUAUAUGGGAAAACUAUUUGUUUGUAUCUGUCGACAUUGGAGAGUUUUCCGAAGCAAUCCGUGCAAUGGAACGUAUUUUAACCAUUCGAGCAAAUAAGCCAAAAUUCAAGGAUACAUUGGUCGAUCUUGAUAUUCUUGACAUUAUCGUUCUUGCCAUUGUCAAUGGCGAUUCGGACUCUUUGGGCCAAUCUGCUGAAAAUCUUACUUUAAAAAUGGCAAAGCUUUUGGAACAGAUCUUGGCUAAACUAUCAUCCCCGCGCCUGUUUUUAAUAUGUGCUCGAUUUGAGCAGUAUCGACAGCACUUGCACAAAGCACUCGAAUACUACCAAAAGGCGUACAGGGCUAUUCUUCAUCAUCCAGGAUUGACAACAAACAUUGAUAUUUUCAGAUCAUUGACAAAAUAUACUUUUCAGGUGGUUAAUGCCUUUGUGGAGCUUGGGCCACAGAUGUCCGAGGUGCGAAUGGGAAGUGGAGAGGCGUCAAUGGUAUGCAAGGAUUGGGCUUACCAGGCUCAUCAAGCUACUAAAACCGCAGUUGCUAGGACAAAAGAUAGUUAUGAAGGAACUGAGGAGCAUGACCAAUUGGUUCAAAAGCUUGCCGAGCUUAAGGAACUGCGAAGUGCCAUCUAAUUUAAGCUUUUAGUUUGCUCUUACAUUUAUCCAACGUUCCAUUUUAAAUACAAAGAUGCAUUUUUACCA